UGGGUUGGCAUUUUGUUGUUGCGGUUUAAUUCCGUUUUUUGUAAAAUAAUUUUUUUAAAUUGUGUUAAUUGUGAUCUUCUUUUCAUUGGUAACUUAUUCUGUAAAAACUACUAUUUUCACAUUGAUGAUUACUCAGAUACAUUCCUUACAAACUGCUUUCAUCUAUUCCCGUUGACUAUUCUUCAUUUGCUUACUGUUUCCUUUUUUUACAUAUUUAUUUAAUUUUUUCUCAAUCAAAUUGAUUUAAUUAUCUCUUCUAUUUUUUCCCAACUCCAUUACUUUACUUUCCGUCAAAGAUAUUUCUACCUCUCUACACAUCGUUACGAAUCUUGUUCUCAUCUUGAUUUCUUUAAUUUCUCUACCUCUUUCUAUUUCUAUUUUUAUUUUUUUCAUUCUAUUCUUUCAAAAGUAAAUUAACUUCAAAUCAAAUCGAUGGCAACAGUUUCAAAUGACAAUCUUUUUGAAUUAUAUCUCAAUCCAACCUACUUGUUCCCCAUAAUUGGAGCGCUUAUAAGUGGUUUAACAGUUUACCUGUUAGGAUUCACCAAAACCAGCUCUACUCCGCCAACAAUUCAAUUAUUUGCCAAUGGUAAGGAGAAGAAGACACCAGUAGUUGCUAAAAAAGACAAGAAACGUGAUAAAGAUGCUAACUCAAGUGCGAUCAGCAAUACCAGUACAAGUCCUGGUAAAUCGAGUAAAAUUCAAGCCAAUGGUAAGGUGUCCCACGUCAGUAAAGUAACGGCACCUGUUGCAUCUACUCCUGUUGCUGCUAAGAAAGUUAAGACUGUCAAUGCUGAAAGUCCUGUUAGCUCUAAAGCAAACUCGAAGGAAAAAUCAAAAGAAACUAAAGAAAAGGCUGCAUCGAAGACAGCAUCCAAGAAAAGCAAGAAGAGUCCCGUUGAAAAACAGAAGGAGAACGAUGUUCCAGAAGAAGUUGACCAACAAAUGGCUCAUGACACCGAGGACGGUGAAUGGAGAGUCGUUAAUACAGUUGCUCGUAAGCAAAAGCGAAAGGAAAAAGAUGAAUCUGACAAGAAGGAUUCAAACAAAAAGAGCGAUUCGAACAAGAAGAGUGAUUCGAGCAAAAAGAGCGAUUCAAGUAAAAAGACUGAUUCAAACAAAAAGAUUGAAUCAAUCAAGAAUGCUGAGUCUGGCAAAGCAGCUGAGCCUGGUGUAACCAGUGAAUCUGUUAAACCCGUUGAAUCUAGCAAAAAGUCGGAUCUAAAGAAAAACGAUUCUAACAAGAAAAAUGAUUCAAGCAAAAAGAAUGAAAUCACCAAGAAGAUUGAUUCAGGCAAGAAGAACGAAUCCAACAAAAGAAAUGGAUCGGUCAAGCAGGAUACAUCCAAGAAAGAUACAAAGAAACAAUAAAAUUGGAUAUAAAAGCCUAAUCAUAUCUAUUCAGAUGAUAUCUGUUUUAAUCUAUUAACUCUUUAAAACUCAUCUCAGACAAAAAAUUUCUCGGGCUUAAGUUGGGCGCAAUGGAAUACUUGAAAGGACAAUAAGGAAGACUAAAAGACACAAAAGCCAAUUAUUGCCAAAUUAUUUUCAAAAAAAUUUAUUUUCAAUCUAAUUUUUAUAAAAUGUUGGUCUAAGAAAAAGUUGAUGAAAACAAAAGACACUCUCUCUCUCCCUAAUCAUCCAUAUUCACGCAUACCUUUAUAUUAAUAUUAUUUUAAUUGUUGUUACUGUUAACACACAGGAAAAAAAGAGAAAUGGAUAAAAAUAUGUGAAAAACGAAAAGAAAUUCAAUACAAUAUUGAUGGAAAUUCAACAAACAACAAUUCUGAUCAUUAGCUUAUUGAUGCUACGUUACCUGCUACGUGUAGCUGUGUGUGUUUAAACAAAGAAAGCUGAAUGCUAAAGUUGACUCAUUCAUCUUCCAGAUGUUGGUGUUAACAAUGUUUUUGAUAACAAAAUUAUCAUACAUCUUCAUUGCAGAGACAAACACACAUUCAGAUCUUAACAUAAUAUGGUACCAAUAUUCGAAUAUUUCCAAGCUCAGUUACAUUAUUGGAUUGGCCAAAGAAUUUCAUGUUUCCUGAAGCUCAUUGUGAUGUUUUUAAUUACACAUGCAAUUUGUGAUGGUUCUAAAAAAUAUAUAAUUCUGGAAAAGUGAAAUACGGCUCCAAUCCUUCUGAUUCAGCUGAUUUAUUUGUAAAUAUUUUUACUAGCCUUUCGUUUUCCUCUCUUUCUCAUCAAUCUUUUACUCUUUCCUUUUCUCAUUCUCUAUUUUUCUCUCUUAAAUCUUUUCAAAUGAAAUUCUAUUCUGUAUACACAGCCAUUUAAACAAUUUAUCAACCUCUCGUUGUCAGAAGUAAAUUAACAAAUUUAAUUAUUCUGAA